AUGAAUACGGAACUUUUCAAAGCCUGGUAUCUUUCCGAUUUUAUUCCAGCGGUUAAACGGCAUCAGGAAACCACAGGGAAUAAAGGAAAAGUGUUACUCCUACUGGAUAACGCUCCAUCACAUUCUGUAGCAGAAUUGAAUACAUUGACCGAUGAAAUGUUCCGUGUUAUAUUUUUCCCGGCAAAUGUAACGUCAUUAAUCCAACCAAUGGAUCAGGGCGUUAUCGAGAAGACCAAAAGAUUAUAUCGUAAAAAUUUACUUACAAAAAUACUGCUUGAAGAGAAUCAAAAUGUAGUUCAGUUUGUCAAGCAUAUAACAUUGAAGGAUUGUUGCAAUAUAAUAAAUGAAACAUGGAUCUCGCUGACACGGGACAAUCUUCGCAACGCAUGGAGAAAACUCCUUCGUGACAACGAAGUGGAGGUGCCCGAAAGAAGAAGCAGGGACGAUGAAGAAGAAAUUUUAAAUAUUCACCAGGUUGCAAGAACCAUUCCGUGUUAUACUGAUAAUGAAAUUGAAGAUACCAACGAAUGGCUUGGAAGAGAUAAAAACGAUCACGGCUUCCAAAUUUUAACUGACGAAGAACUAGUAGACAAAUUUACAGGACACAAUGCAACAACUGACGGAAUAGAGGAAGUAAUUGAUGAUGAAGAAUCAGAGGAGUCAGAAGAAUCACAAUUAGCGAUCAAUGAAGAAGUUCCCACCGAUGCCGAUGCACUAGCUGCUUUUAAGACUGCAAUAAAAUGGUUCAAAGCACAGCCAGAAUCGAAUAUUGCUAAGUGUGAAUUAAAAUGUCUCCAAAACUUAAAAGAACUUGCAUGUUCAAAAAUUGCGAACGGAUAA